ACAGCACAGGAACAUACAGACUGCGUCCUGGAAAUUAAAACUGCUCUUCAUUUCACUCUUUUUGAAAAGGAUGGACAAAACAACAGUCGUUUAAAGACGAGUAGAUGUGGUUUGUUAAAGCAUGACCUCCUGAUAGUCUUGACUAUCAUGUCGGGUGAGUUAGCAUGCUCGCUAGCUGUCAAGACAUGUUAGACAUGUCGCGUCCAUAACAUAUCCAUCUGGUGGCUUUAUUUAAGAACAUAUGUCGUCGCCUUUGCGGUCGUAUUGAGUCGAGACAGCAUGCAAAAUGCGAAGCUCCUGUGGUCAUGUUUUGUAAAUAUGGGAAGCAACAGCACAUGCUAACGCGCAGCUAGCCGUCUAAACUUGACCCCUUAGCGAGCUGUGGUACAGUAAGUCAAAUGUUACGACAACUAACGGGAUGGUCGAUCUAAGUGACUGACACUGAGCGACAAAAACAUUUGGAGUAAAAGAAGCAGCAUGGAUUGAAUGACUGUUUCGCUUUGAUAUUGGGAAGUUUCAAGUGCGUUGAUCGUCACUCGAGUUGGCUAGCAGUGUCGCUAGCUAAGCAACCCCAAACAAGUGAAUGUUGCUGUUUUAUCUCUCAUCACAUGUGUCUCUGUGAUGGACAUGGAGACAGCUGUAUGUGAACCACGUUACCAGAAUGGUGAUGUCCACCAUGAGGAGCUCUGUCCAAAGCAGCCCACCGUUCUCAAGAUCCACCUCUACCACAGCAGCCGGACCGAUGCUAACUGCACCCCUCUGUGUUACCCACCGGGAGAGUAUGUCACCGAACAGCUCAUCAUCAAUGCUGCCAAGGAGUGCGGGGUUACACCAGUCUACUGUAGCCUGUUUGGACUGUACAGAGAAGAUGAAGGGGUCUGGUUAUCACCCAAUCAUGUUCUCCAUUUAGACGAAACAGCCAACGAGAGUUUGUUAUUCAGAAUUAGGUACUAUUUUCCCGGCUGGUAUAGUUGUGGAGCGUCUCGGGCGUACCGCUAUGGAGUGACGAAGGGAUCUGAGAGUCCUGUCCUGGAUGACUAUGUAAUGUCUUACCUCUUUGCUCAGUGGAGGAGUGACUUUGUAAACAGCUGGGUAAAGUUAUCCAGUGACCAUGAGGUUCAGGAGGAGUGCCUUGGCAUGGCUGUGCUGGACAUGAUGAGGACUGCCAAAGAGAAGCAGUGCUCCCCACUGGACAUCUACAAUGACAUUAGUUACAAGUCUUUCCUCCCUAAAGAAAUGAGGGAGCGAAUCCAGGAUUACCAUUUUGUCACAAGGAAGCGCAUCCGCUAUCGCUUUCGGAAAGUCGUGCAGCAGCUCAGCCAGUGCCGAGCCUCGGCGCGCGACCUAAAACUCAAAUACCUGAUCAGCCUGGAGUCCCUGGACUCUGGCUUCUACACCGAACGCUUUCAGGUCAAAGAGCCCUCGGACGAGCAGGUCACCAUCGUCAUCUCCGCAGACCGCGGCAUCCAGUGGUGCCGAGAACGACACAAAGACACACAGUCUGAGGACCUUCAGACGUAUUGUGAUUUUGCGGAAGUUGUCGAUAUCAGUAUCAGACAAGCCAGCAAGGAGGGAACCAACAUGAACCGCAUUGUCUCCAUCAACAGACAGGAUGGAAAAAUUCUAGAGCUGGUGUUUUCCACCUCAAUGGAGGCAUUGUCAUUUGUGUCUCUAAUCGACGGUUACUACAGACUGACCACAGAUGCCCAUCACUUCCUCUGCAAGGAUGUGGUCCCACCCCAUCUCCUGGAGGCCAUCGAAAGCUACUGCCACGGGCCGAUAUCAAUGGAGUUUGCAAUCAGUAAACUACGCAAGUCAGGGAACCAGAGAGGUCUCUUUGUGCUCCGGUGCAGCCCCAAAGACUUCAACAAAUACUUCCUGACUCUUGCAGUCGGGGCGUAUGAGGACAUAGAGUACAAGCACUGCCUGAUCACCAGGUCUGAAAAUGGCGACUACAAUCUUAGUGGAACCAAAAAAAGUUUUAGAAGUUUACAGGAGCUGCUCAAGUGCUACCAGAAGGAAACCGUAAAAUCAGAUGGUGUCAUCUUUCAGUUUAGCAGGUGCUGUUCACCAAAGGCCAAAGAGAAGUCGAGUUUGUUGGUGUGCCGAAGUCAUCGGGGUUUGGGGGUUCCCCUGUCCCCAUCACUGCAGAGACACAACAUCAGUCAGAUGGUAUUCCACACAAUCAGGAAAGAAGACCUUGAUCUUGGUGAGAGUCAAGGUCAGGGGACAUUCACCAAGAUCUUCAAAGGGAUUCGGAAAGAGCAGGGAGACUACGGAGAAACCCAUAAGACUGAAGUCAUUGUCAAAGUUUUGGACAAAGCACACAGAAAUUACUCUGAGUCUUUCUUUGAGGCAGCCAGCAUGAUGAGCCAGCUCACCCACAAGCAUCUGGUGUUGACUUACGGUAUCUGUGUGUGCGGAGACGAGAACAUCAUGGUGCAGGAAUAUGUGAAGUUUGGGUCAUUGGACACAUACCUGAAGAAAAACAAGAACUCAAUAUCAGUUAAUAUCCGGUGGAAGUUGGAAGUGGCCAAGCAGCUUACCUGGGCUAUGCUUUUUUUGGAGGAAAAAAAUCUGGCUCAUGGGAAUGUGUGUGCAAAAAACAUCCUUUUGAUCAGGGAGGAGGACAGGACGUUGGGAAACCCUCCAUUCAUUAAACUAAGUGACCCUGGCAUCGGCAUCACAGUGCUGCCCAGAGAGAUUCUCGUGGAGCGAAUCCCCUGGGUGUCCCCUGAAUGCAUCUUAGAUCCGAAAAACCUGAGUCUUGCCUCAGACAAAUGGAGCUUUGGGACAACUUUAUGGGAGAUUUGCAGCGGAGGAGAAAAGCCACUUGCCAACAUGGACAGUUCCAAGAAACACUUGUUCUAUGAAAACCAUCACCAACUACCUGCUCCCAAGUGGACAGAGCUUGCUAACCUGAUCAACAGCUGCAUGGACUACGAGCCAACAUUCAGACCUUCAUUCAGAGCCAUCAUACGAGACCUCAACGGUCUCUUCUGCCCAGAUUAUGAGAUCGUGAAGGAGAGUGACAUUUUACCCAGCAGAGCAGGAGCAUCUGGAUUCAGUACUGGAGCGUUUGAGAAAGAGGAGCCAGUGCAGUUUGAGGAGAGACAUCUCAUUUUCCUGCAGCAGCUUGGAAAGGGAAAUUUUGGCAGUGUGGAAAUGUGCAGGUAUGAUCCCCUGCAGGACAACACCGGUGAGGUGGUGGCAGUGAAAAAAUUGCAACACAGCACCACUGAACACAUCCGUGACUUUGAGCGGGAAAUCGAGAUCCUCAAAUCCCUCCAGCAUGAGAACAUUGUGAAAUAUAAAGGCGUGUGCUACGGUGCAGGAAGGAGAAACCUUCGACUGAUUAUGGAGUACCUGCCUUACGGAAGUCUACGAGACUAUCUCAACAAGAACAGAGACAGGAUUGACCACAAGAAACUUGUGCAUUAUGCAUCUCAAAUAUGCAAGGGAAUGGAAUACCUUGCGACAAAGCGGUACAUUCACAGAGACCUGGCCACACGAAACAUCCUAGUGGAGAGUGAGUUCAGGGUGAAGAUUGGUGACUUUGGCUUGACCAAGGUUUUACCUCAGGACAAAGAGUACUACAAGGUUAAAGAACCUGGAGAGAGUCCUAUAUUCUGGUAUGCGCCCGAGUCUCUUACUGAGAGUAAGUUCUCAGUAGCGUCAGACAUCUGGAGUUUUGGAGUGGUUCUGUAUGAACUCUUUACAUACAGUGACAAGCUCUGUAGCCCACCUACAGUUUUCCUGAGUAUGAUGGGAGGUGACAAGCAGGGACAAACGAUAGUCUAUCAUCUCAUUGAACUCUUGAAAAGAGGAAACCGUUUACCCCUACCUAUGGGCUGUCCCUCAGAGAUGUGCGAGAUCAUGCAGGAAUGCUGGGACAACGAUCUCAGUCUUCGGCCAACCUUCAAGGAGCUCGCUCUCCGUGUAGACCUGAUCCGGGACAGUAGCGAUUCAGACCGAUAUACCCAAGUGCCUGAGUUUUAAGAGAGAAGCUUCACUCGCUCACCGCUGCCACCCAGAUAUCCAGCUUUGAGUCUGUCCUCUGGCCCUGUCCGCUGUCUUAAAAUCCUUCUUUGUGCCAUUACGGCAGAUCUAACCCCAGUACUUGAUCACCUCAUCUUCUGUCUGAACAAUUAACGUCAUUUAUAUCAAGAAUGGGUUUCUCUUUUGCUAGCAGUGCUGGCAUGCGCCCUCUAUCAGCGAUGGUAUAAAUGAAUGAAUCGUUUUAUUAAGAAAUGCAAGAGCUGUGCAUUUUUACAUCCAUGUGUUUGUAUGUACAUAUAUAAAGAUGAUUUUAUAAUUUUAUAAAAAUGAAAUGAAUUGUUUGGAAGCAGCGUCAUGUAAAUUAAGAUUUUUAAAAAAUAUAUAAUUGUUAUUUGGUUGUUUGUUGUAAUGCAGGUGGUGUCUGACUGAAAAGAUAUAAAAGAUCUUGCUAUUGUAA